CUCCCGGGACUUCAAUGUCACCUGGAUGAAGGGCAGACACAAGCAUCCAGCCUCAGCUCAGCAUCUGGUGAUUAACGACAAAGGCGACUAUUCCAUCACCAGUAAGGUGUGGGUGACACUGGCCCGCCAAGAUAUCUUAUUGGGGAUCACCUGCAAAGUCACCCACAGGGUGCCGAAAGAACCCCGGCGAAAGACCAUGAACCUCUCCCAAGGGCUCCAAGUUGUCCCCACCCUGAAGAUCACUACCAAGACCUCUGGGACGCACAUCCAUGUGCAUCAGAGAGUGAAUCUCACCUGCCACGCGAGCCACUUCUACCCCUCCCACCUACGUCUUACGUGGAUGGAGAACAGACACAAGGUCCAGACAGUGGAGUCCCCACAGGUCACAAGAAACCCAGAUGGGACCUAUUCUCUGGAGCACACGUGGCUGGCAGAGGCCGCGCUGGAGGGGAGAGAGUUUGCCUGCUGGGUGGUCCAGGAUGAGCAGCCCCCAGUCCAGGCCAACAUCACCCUGUGGGCCCAGGAGCCCAGGUUGGGGAAAGGCCGGAGCACCCACUCUUCCUCCUUGCAAGGCCCCCUCCAGCGAUCGGAGCCAGGCACAAGCAUCCAGCUGACCUACAUGUCCUCCGGAUUCCCCUCAUGUCAGGUGACCGUGACCUGGCUGAAGAAGAACCUCGAGCUCCUCAAGUGGCAGACGCAGGUCCACGCCAAUGGAGACACAUAUAAUGUGACCAGCAGAGUGCUCGUCCCGCUGCGGGCUGAUGAUGCGCUCUCCUUUGUCCAGUGCCACGUGGAUCACAAGUCCAUACCGGUGUUCCAGAAAACCAUCACCCUGAACCGGUACCUCCGCGGUGACACCUCUGAGUGCUUCAAGAUGGACAAAGAAGAAAAAGAUCCACGAUGCUCCUGA